CAGGGUCGCAUUUAUCACUGCACGAAAAUAUCAGAAAAAAACCCAAUCAAUUUCUCAAGUUGCUUUCCUAUUAAUUUGGGGAUGGGGUUGAGAUUGGGGUUUCCAGUAGUUUCUCAGUCCAAUUCUACAACGGAGCAUAUGAAAGCGGCCAUGGGAGUCAACUCACUCUUCUUCCUCUUCCUCCUCUCUUUCGCCCUCUCCUUCUCCUUCUCCACUUCGGAUGAUCCAGAUUGUGUGUAUACAUUGUAUAUUAGGACGAGUUCAAUUAUCAAAGGUGGCACCGACUCUAUCAUCAGCCUUACACUAUAUGAUCAGUACGGCUACGGCCUCCGAAUCCCCAAUCUGGAGACAUGGGGCGGGUUAAUGGGUCCGGGUUACAACUACUUUGAGAGGGGUAAUCUAGACAUUUUUAGCGGACGGGGUCCGUGUCUGUCGGACCCCGUUUGCAAGAUGAACCUAACCUCCGACGGAACAGGUUCGGGUCACGGGUGGUAUUGCAAUUACGUGGAGGUGACUAGUGCAGGAGUCCACCAGCAGUGCAUCUCGGAGCAGUUUGAGGUAGAACAGUGGUUGGCUACUGACGUCUCACCUUACGAGCUCACUGCCAUUCGGGACAAUUGUCCAUCCAACGGUCACGCUGCCAAACCCAUGGACGGUCAGGAUUGGCUGAUGGUGUCGAGUGUGUGAGAUGUUUUUUAUGCAUGUAUAACUUUUUAUUCCAGUGGUCUGCUGUUGUAUUUAUUAUGGAUGGAUAUGGGUGCUUGUUAAGUUAAAUAAAUAAAUCGAUACACAAGUGAACUUAUUAUUUUGCCGGCACCUUCUUUGCUCGGAUCAAAUCUUCUCUUCUAUUU